CCUGUGACGACAGCGGAGACUUUGACUGAAAUAUGCCGCUUAUGAACAGCACCAUCUCUCCCAAAGCCUGCACCCGCUCCAUUGAAUCCCCUCCUCUCUCUCUCUCUCGUACACGCCAGUUGUCGGCCAUGGGGCUCCCACGCGGUCACCGCCCGCCACCAUGGCGUGUCCACCUCCUCGCCGUCCUCUGUUUCGUUGCCCUGAAAACCGCCGCCGCAGCGCCAAGAACAGGAAGCACCGGAGGCGGCAUCGGCAUCGCGAGCAUCACCGACAUGGGCAUGAAGGAUGCUAUUUCAGCAAAAUAUGUUUUGAGAAAAGAUCCAGUUAACGACGUGAUUGCCUUGAAGGAGUCCAUGAAGUACUUCGAUGCUGAUUUUUUUAACGAUUCAAAACUACGUGAAAUGGAAGACGGUGCUAAAGAAAUGAAUGUGCCAGCAUUUAGAGAAAACCGAAAGUUGGUAGCUUUGGAGAAUGGUGGUUUGCAUAACCCUUCUGUUCUAGUCUUCAAAUCAUCAUGGACUGCCAACAAGAAAGUCAAGGAGAUUAAAAGUUUCAACUAUCCUCAUACCCCUGUGGUACAUUGCCCUUGUAAUGAUGAAGAUAUUGCCUUUAUGACGAUAGCUGAGCUCGGGGAGCUUAUUAGGACAAAGAAAACAACAUCACAUGAACUUACUGGCAUAUUUUUAAGGAGAUUAAAAAGGUAUAGUACUGUUCUCAAAUCCGUCGUUACGUUCACCGAAGAUUUGGCAUACAAACAGGCAAAAGAGGCGGAUGACUUGCUUGAACAAGGAAAAUACCUUGGUCCGCUGCAUGGCAUUCCAUAUGGCCUGAAAGAUAUAAUUGCAGUACCACAAUAUAAUACAACUUGGGGCUCAAAGACAUUCAAGGAUCAAGUUAUCGAUAUGGAAGCUUUUGCAUACAAAAGAUUGAAGUCCGCUGGAGCAGUCCUUGUAGCUAAGCUUGUGACAGGUUCACUUGCCUAUGAUGACGUAUGGUUUGGGGGGAGAACACGGAACCCCUGGAACAUUGAGGAAUUUUCUACUGGUUCAUCAGCAGGACCAGCAGCUAGCACCUCUGCAGGAAUGGUUCCCUUUGCAAUUGGUUCAGAAACCGCAGGAUCCAUAACAUAUCCUGCCGCCAGAUGUGGAGUAACUGCUUUGCGCCCAACAUUUGGAACAGUUGCACGGACCGGUGUCAUGAGCAUUUCUGAGAGUCUGGACAAACUUGGUCCUUUCUGCAGAAGUGCAGUAGACUGUGCUAUUGUAUUAGAUAUAAUCCGUGGCACAGAUGUUGGUGAUCCCUCGUCUCGUGAAAUUGCUUUAGAGGACCCAUUUCAUGUUGACAUCACAAAACUUACUGUUGGAUAUCUUGACAGUGCCGAGAUGGAGGUUGUCGAUGUUCUUUCUGCCAAGGGUGUUAAGCUUGUGCCUUUCAAGUUGAACUACACUGUUGCAUCAGUUCAGUCCAUUCUAAAUAUCACAAUGGAUGUUGAUAUGCUUGCACAUUUUGACAACUGGCAAAGGAAAGGACAUGACGAUGAAUAUGAAGCUCAAGACCAAUGGCCGGUGGAGCUUCGUCGCGCACGAUUAGUCCCAGCGGUUGACUAUAUACAGGCACAGAGAACACGAGGCAAGCUUAUCAGAGAAGUUCAGGAGAGUUUCACAGUGGACGCGUUCAUCGGCAAUGUGACUGACUGGGAGCUUGUUUGUUUGGGAAACCUCAUCGGGAUGCCCAUCGUGGUGGUGCCAACAGGCUUCAAGAGCAUCGAGCACCCACCAAAAGACGACACGCGAAGACGAACCACAGUAACAACAGGCAUAUAUGCCCCUCCUGAACAUGACCACGUUGCUCUAGCGUUGGCUAUGGCAUACCAAUCUGUCACCGAUCACCACAAACAACGGCCACCAGUAGACGAUCUAGGCCCAAAUGACAACAUACACGGGUAAGUUCUCGCGGUUGGUGAGAGGAUACCGAAGAAAGCUCCUAGUGAUUAAUCAAUGAGAUUGCUUGAGAAAAUGGAGAUUUUCCUAUGGCAGCACUACAAGGAAAGGCCAAAAUUCAAUGGACUAAGUGCAAGCAAUAUUUCGUGCUGACAUUCUCUUACUAGAAACUGCUUUUUUUUGUGAUGGACUAGAAAUUGGAUUGAAGAUAUAUGAAACCCAACGCUGGUCCAACCUGAAGUAAUGUGUUGUACGGUCAUUCUUUCAUUUUGAUUAAAUUUCUUGUGUUCGGUCGGUCAUGAAGUAGCGGCUAGAAGAAGACUUUAUGCUCCUUUGUUGGCGGGUGCUUUUCCAAGCAGUUGAAGUAAGGCCAGGCCGCCAGGGAGGCCGAUUA